GAUUCUCCACUUUGAAUGACGGAGCAGGACUUUCUGGAUGGCUGGUAACACUCUCUCUAUGGCCCUGGACGAGGCUGCCGUUGCCUCUUUUUGCAGCUGGCGGCUCAUUGCGCUGUGGGGGCCGUGACGAUUCCGCUGACGCGCCACUAGCCGCACCACCCAGGAGACAGAAGAGAGCGACCGAGCGGGGCUGGACACCGGACUCUUUCUUCUCCUCCUUCCUCUUCUAAACGCGGACGGACGGCUUUUUGUCCACCUGCAAGUCGAUAUUUACGCAGCAAUCAAAGCGGCAGCAUCACCCCCGACUCCCCAGCAGCCAUGGAGGUACCAGGCUUGGCGCACAAUAUCACCAGCCCGUUAAGUCCCUGCGAGGGGAUGAUCAAGGACCUGAGUCUGGAUUCCAUACAGUUAUGCGAAAGAGACGAUAGCAAAUCCCAGGAUGGCAGCAUGGAAGAACUCCCUGUUCCUCAGAACAUCAAAAUCAGCAACAUCACUUGUGACUCCUUUAAGAUCUGCUGGGAUAUGGAGGCGCGCAGCAAGGAACGCAUUACACACUACUUCAUUGACCUGAAUAAGAAGGAGAACAAAAACUCAAACAAGUUCAAACACAAGGACGUUCCCACCAAGCUCGUGGCCAAGGCGGUGCCCCUGCCCAUGACAGUCCGGGGCCACUGGUUCCUGAGCCCCCGCACAGAGUACACUGUGGCCGUCCAGACUGCGUCCAAGCAGACCGACGGGGACUACACCGUCUCCGAGUGGAGCGAGAUCAUUGAGUUCUGCACUGCCGAUUACUCUACGGUUCAUCUAAACCAGCUGCUGGAGAAGGCCGAAGUCAUUGCCGGGCGGAUGCUGCGGUUCUCUGUUUUCUACAGGAACCAGCAUAAAGAGUACUUCAAUCACGCCAGGGAGGCGCAGGACAACCAGAUGAUGCCGUCGGUGAAAGACAACAGCGGCAGUCACGGCUCGCCCAUCAGCGGCAAGCUGGAGGGAAUCUUCUUCAGCUGCAACACAGAGUUCAACACCGGCAAGCCACCGCAGGACUCCCCCUACGGCCGCCUUCGCUUCGAGGUGCGGGCCGACGUGCUCUUCAACCCCGACACCAACCUGUACUUCGGAGACUUCUACUGCAUGUACACGGCCUACCAUUACGUCAUCCUGGUCUUGGCGCCGAGGGGCUCCAGGGGCGACGACUUCUGCAAGCAGAGGCUGCCCGCCCUCGACAUCGGCAAUAACCGCUUCCUGACCUGCAAGCAGGACGAAGAGGGCGGCCUGGUGUUUCACCACGCCCAAGAUGUCAUCCUGGAGGUGAUCUACACGGAGCCCGUGGACCUGGCUCUGGGCACGGUGGCGGAGAUCAGCGGGCACCAGCUCAUGAGUCUGUCCACAGUAAACGCCAAGAAGGACCCCAGCUGCAAGACGUGCAACAUCAGCGUGGGACGCUAAAAAAACAAAAGCAAAAAAAGGGAGCCCAAAGUCCAGGAGGGGGAGAGAGGGACUUGAUUUUUUUGACUGACCCCAUCCACACAAACGGAAGGAAGGCCACAAGGACCCACGAAGCAGGCGAACACGUGCAUGAAGCAGCAGAUUUAUAAGGCUCAUUGCUCCCCGUCAACACCGAAAACCGUCAUUCCCAAAGAUCAAAGAAAAAAAAAAAAAACACCCUUGAAUCAUCAUCAUCCAAUAAAGGUAAAAACACCAUCAUCACGUAGUUCAUAUUUGUGUACUGACCAAACCCUUUAACUGUACUAAAAGUCUGCUUCUAUUAACCUUUAUGCUUUUUUUUUUAAAUUAUAUAAUGAUCCAUGUUAUAUUAACAAUCUUAGCCUCUGUGUUACUGAUGCACUGUUAACUAGCAAUUGAGACUCUGAAUUCGCAUUCCAUAUCUAUCAUUUCAAUUGAUUAAUUUAGAUCUCUACUUACCUCCUACUAGUGGCACGGACUGGUACUACAGUUUUCUAGGGCUGCAACACUCUCAAUCAGUUUCAUUUAAUUUCUUUUAUACCAAAGGAAUUAAAACCUGGACGUUAAAUCGCGGUGGAAUCCGAACCGUACUAAUGCAACAAUCUCUCCGUGUGUAUCCACAAGGUCUUUAGGUGACAAACUGUGAGCAAUUUAUUAAAUUAAAAAAAAAAAAAAAAGACAACAAAAAACAGCAUGAUGCAGUUCUGUGCAGCACGAGUGUUGAAGCUGUCAGCACCUCCACCAUAUUUCAUCAUCACUGAAAAAAGAAAAUAGAACCAUGAAAUGUGUUUUUUGCAGAAUAAAUGUGAAAAAAUAUUUAUUUUUAUUGAUACACUCAUAUAUAUAUAUAUAUAUAUAGAGAGAGAGAGAGAGAUGGAUAUAAAUACAUAGAAAACUAUAUAAACCAGAAGUGCACAAUCUCAAAAGCUCAUAUCCUUGUCAACAUGGACAUUUCAAGGGGAGGGGGCAACUUCAUAUAGGCAGGGGGGGAAAAAAGUAGAUUUCAAACUCAACUUGCACUAUGACGCCUACGUUCACUGCAUAUGUUUCAAGAUCAACAUCUAAAUCGGAUGAUCAUAAUUUAGAUGACCUAUGAAAAUAUGAAUGCAUAUCAUAGCACAAUGUAGGACAAAAAAACACGACAUGCACAAACACUGCUGGAUUGUCUUGCUGAUUUACAUUGACGCUUAUUUCAGGUUUUUUUUUUUUUUUUCUCCAUAAGACAGCACUUUGAUAAUGCAGUUCCCACAUCAACUACGAUGAAGGAAAAUUUUUUUGGUAUAAGGGAAGGAAGUGAGUAGUAAAGUGCUGUAAUAUACAUGAAGUCUUCACAAAUUAGUUGAAUGUAACUAAGGUUGCUUCAUUGUUGACAUGGUAACUGUGCUAAAAUGGCUACGACAGGGUUAUGAAAAAGUGUCCUAAAUGGUGGGGAUGAAAAAAAACAACAAAAAAAACAGAUCCAGAUCCAGUGUUCAUUCAGAGUGUCAGCGAUUUUUGGUCAUUCAGUUUUCUUCAUGUAAAGUGCAUUUACAUUACGAGCAUGGAAUAAAACAAGACCCAUUGGCAUCAAAGCAAUUAAAAGAAAGGGAAAAAAAAAAGAGUUGUGCUGAACUAAAUAAAAAAACAAAACAAAAAAAAGUCCCACUGUGAAUAACUCAACUUGCUUUGGUUGAGUCUUGUUUACUGAGCAGAGCCUCCAGUAGGCGGAGCUUCGCCUUGAGGUUCUUGUACUGGCAGUACUCCUCCGCCAUUGGUCCACGGUCCUCCUUCUGACAGACCCUGUUAGCGAGACACGCAGGUGAGAUGAUGCAAAAACGGCAAAAACCUUUUCUUUUCUUUUCUUCUUUUGUUUUUCGAAGUUUCGAAACAAACUGCAGCAGCUUCCACGACUGGUUGAUGGUCUCUAUGUUGCCUUACUCAGAUAGCUUUGUACAGUGUGUGUAUUGUAUUCAACAACUAACUGUAUUUACUUUGGAGGACUAACAUGUACAGUGCAAAAGGAUGUGUACAGUUCAGAACAAACGUCUGUCUCUGUCUCCUUCUUGAGCUCUCUCUGCUGGGUUAACGUUAAAUGGGUGUACAUUACACUGUUGUACCAUUGCGAUGGUUUUUCUUCUUUUUGUGGAUGUCUUUUGUUUUGUCACAAGGCAAAAAAAAA